GUGGAUCAUGAUUGCAUUAUAAUUUACAAAAAAAAGAAUGAGGAAUUGGUGAAAGGAUUCUUAGAAAGGAAUUACUGGACCCAGUUUCCAGAUCGCAAUAGCCUGACCCAGAAAAAAAUUUUGAAGCUCAACCUCCACUCACGUAGCCCAAGCCCAAUCCAAACCCUUUCUCUCCAUCUCCGAACGACUUAAACCCUAGUAGGCCAACCUUCCACUCUGGAAAUCAGCACCACCAUUGUUCGGGAUUUACUCUAAAAGUUCCUACGUAUCCUUCAUAAUAACAACUACAUGUAUGUUCAGGUUGGUGCCAACCUACAGAGGUAGGCAUAUAUCAAAAAUCUUGCCAUCACUUCAAGUGCGUUUCACCUUGUUUUCAGCAGCUUCAAAUUCUCUACAAAGUACGUCAGAUGGUUAUGAAGACGGUUGCAAAGCAGUUGAUUUCAAUUGUCUGUUCAAAUCUUGCAAACGGUUGCACCUUGCUAAGCACCUUCACGCUCUUGUUGUGGUUUCAGGGAAAGCUCAAAGCAUUUUUUUCUCUGCCAAGCUUGUUAAUAUUUAUUCUUACCUUGGUGAUGUCUCAUUCUCACGUCGCACUUUCGAUCAUAUCCCCAUCAAAGAUGUCUAUACCUGGAAUUCUAUGGUUUCUGCUUAUGUUCGCAGUGGUCAUUUUCGGGAAGCUGUAGAUUGUUUCUAUCAGUUUUUCUUGACCUCUGAUCUUCGACCUGAUUUCUACACUUUUGCUCCUGUGCUAAAAGCUUGUAAAAUUCCACUUGAUGGAAUGAGGAUACAUUGCUUGGUACUAAAACUGGGCUUUGAGUGGGAUGUCUUUGUUACCGCUUCCUUGGUCCAUAUGUAUACCCGGUUUGGAAUUGUAGGCUCUGCUCGCAAAUUGUUUGAUGAUAUGCCAGUACGAGAUAUGGGUUCUUGGAAUGCAAUGAUUUCUGGAUACUGUCAAAAUGGCAAUGUUGCAGAGGCAUUAGAUGUUCUGAAUGAGAUGAGAUUGGAAGGGGUAAAAAUGGAUCCAGUUACAAUAGUUAGCAUUCUUCCUAUUUGUGCACAAUUAGAUGAUAUAUUAAAUGGAAUGUUGAUUCAUUUAUAUGCUAUAAAACAUGGGUUGGAAUUUGAUUUGUUUGUGUCUAAUGCUUUGAUUAACAUGUAUGCCAAAGUUGGCAAAUUGGAGCAUGCACAGAAGGUUUUUGAUCACAUGGUAAUAAGGGAUGUGGUCUCCUGGAAUUCGAUAAUUGCUGCCUAUGAGCAGAAUGAUGAUCCAAAUGGAGCACUUGGUUUAUUCUACAACAUGCAACUAAUUGGAACUAGUCCUGAUUAUCUGACGCUGGUGAGUUUAUCAUCUAUUGUUGCUCAAUUAAGUGAUUCUCCGAGUUGUAAGUCUGUCCAUGGAUUUGUUAUGAGGAGAGGUUGGAUUCUGAAAGAUGUCAUCUCUGGAAAUUCUGUGGUGGACAUGUACGCUAAAUUGGGAGUUAUGGAUUCUGCACGUGCAGUUUUUGAAGCCCUCCCAGUUAAAGAUGUGGUAUCUUGGAACACUUUGAUCACUGGUUAUGCUCAAAAUGGUUUGGCAAGUGAGGCAAUUGAAGCAUUUGGCAUGAUGCAAGAGUGCAAGGAGAUAACACCAAACCAAGGAACUUGGGUGAGCAUUCUACCUGCUUAUUCUAACGUAGGAGCCUUGAAACAGGGGAUGAGAAUUCAUGGCCAGCUGAUUAAGAAUUCUCUCUAUUUGGAUAUCUUUGUGGGAACCUGCCUCAUUGACAUGUAUGGAAAAUGUGGGAAAUUAGAUGAUGCUAUGUCCUUGUUUUUUGAAGUACCCAAAAUGACUUCUGUCCCAUGGAAUGCCAUAAUAUCUUGUCAUGGAAUUCAUGGGCAUGCUGAGAAAGCUCUGAAGCUAUUUAGAGAAAUGCGAGAAGAGGGGGUGAAGCCAGAUCACAUAACUUUUGUAUCUCUGCUCUCAGCAUGUGGCCAUUCAGGUUUGGUUGAAGAGGGUCAACGGUGCUUUCAUGUGAUGCAAGAAGAGUAUGGGAUUAAGCCUAUUUUGAAGCAUUAUGGCUGUAUGGUAGAUUUAUUUGGUCGAGCUGGGCAUCUAGAAAUGGCAUAUAAUUUUAUAAAAAACAUGCCAGUAAAGCCUGAUGCAUCUGUAUGGGGUGCACUUCUUGGUGCUUGUAGAAUACAUGGAAACAUUGAUUUGGGCGCCUUUGCUUCAAAUCGCUUGUUUGAAGUGGAUUCCGAGAAUGUUGGGUACUACGUUUUGUUGUCAAACAUCUAUGCAAAUAUUGGGAAAUGGGAGGGAGUGGAUAAAGUACGAGCGGUGGCUAGAGAUAGGGGAUUGAGGAAGACUCCUGGAUGGAGCUCAAUCGAGGUGAAUAACAAGGUUGAUGUCUUUUAUACUGGAAAUCAAAGCCAUCCAAAAUGUGAGGAGAUAUACAAGGAGUUGAGGUGUUUGACUGAUAAAAUGAAAAGCCUAGGUUAUGUUCCAGACUACAGUUUUGUGUUGCAGGAUGUUGAGGAGGAUGAGAAGGAGCAUAUCCUUAUGAGUCAUAGUGAGAGAUUGGCAAUUGCAUUCGGAAUUAUUAAAACUCCUCCUAAAAGUCCUAUCCGAAUAUUCAAGAACCUGAGAGUUUGUGGUGAUUGCCACAAUGCAACCAAAUUCAUAUCAAAAAUUACAGAGAGAGAGAUUAUCGUGAGGGAUUCAAACCGUUUUCAUCACUUCAAAGAUGGGGUUUGCUCUUGUGGGGACUAUUGGUGACAUGAGUAAACAAUCGAGGAAACAACCUUGGAUUGCAAGAAGAAUCGAGUACACUUUAUAUGCUGAGCAGUUGAGAUGGAGCUUGGAUUGAUUAUCAGAAAAGUCUGAGUUGGACCACAACUACAUCAUCAGACAAGGCCAAAGGAAAAUGAAUGCUUUUAACCAUAAUGUACCAGGGAAGGUUGUUUUCUUGCAAACUGAUUUGGUGACCACAUUUUUUCUCUUAAUAAUAAAGUUCAUAAUUUUUGCCA